CCUUGAAAAAUAUAUUUUAAAUUUAAUGAACAGCUCGGAUGAUUUAUGUGGAACCCGUGGUGGGCCCCAUAAUGAAAUCUGUGCACAAUUUGUGCACAGAUCUGUUGUGUGUAGCAGGACUGGUUUCUAAAUAGGAGUAAACUGCAGACAGGGCAGAUAAAUUUCUUUCAUUAGACUUUUUCUCUGAACAAAAACCCGUCUAAGAGCAACAACACCAGUCUCGGUAUUCAUGGAGUUUGAGUUACUUUAGCUAUGGGAAACAACAAAACCAUCUUGCACCAGAUUCGGUAUCAAGCUCGGUAGAGUUGCUCCAACAACUUCAGCUCGGUAACUGUGACGAGGAAUUGUUCAGAAGCACGUUUGGAGGCACCAGAAGAAUUGGAGUUUAUCAAAAUGGAUCCUGAUAUUCAUGAGAAUCUAUUGACGAAUGGUAAAGGACAAAAGGGUGUUCCUAGUGAGGAAAAGCUGAAGGACAGGUUAUGGAGUGAGAACAAGAAAAUGUGGGUGGUGGCUGGUCCGGCUAUAUUCACUAGAUGUUCAACCUUCGGUAUUAAUGUCAUUAGCCAGGCAUUUGUUGGGCACAUUGGAGCUACAGAGCUUGCUGGAUAUGCUCUUGUUGCAACUGUCUUCCUGAGGUUUGCUAAUGGUAUCCUGUUGGGAAUGGCUAGUGGAUUAGAGACUCUAUGUGGGCAAGCGUAUGGUGCAAAUCAACUCCACAUGCUAGGCGUGUAUCUUCAAAGGUCCUGGAUUGUCCUAUUCACAUGCUCGCUUUUCCUUGUCCCUUUGUUCUGCUUGACCACUCCGAUUUUGAAAGCUUUAGGCCAAGAUGAAGCCAUUGCAGAAGAGGCAGGCGUAAUUGCUCUCUGGUUUAUCCCUGUGGUGUUCUCCUUCAUUCCAUCCUUCACCUGCCAGAUGUUCCUACAGACUCAGAGCAAGAACAUGAUUAUUUCAUACUUGGCAUUUUGUUCACUUUCAAUCCAUAUCUUUCUCUCAUGGCUUUUGACAGUGAGAUACAAAUUUGGUAUUCCUGGGGCCAUGAUAUCUACCAUUUUAGCAUAUUGGCUUCCUAAUAUGGGCCAGCUUUCCUUUGUUUUGUGUGGAGGGUGCCGAGACACGUGGAAGGGUUUCUCAUUCUUGGCUUUCAAGGAUCUGUGGCCAGUCAUCAAGCUUUCUUUAUCAUCUGGUGUCAUGCUUUGUCUGGAACUAUGGUACAACACAGUCCUGAUUCUUCUAACGGGAAACAUGGAGAAUGCUGAGGUUGAAAUAGAUGCUCUCUCUAUUUGCCUCAAUAUUAAUGGUUGGGAAAUGAUGUUAGCUUUUGGUUUCAUGGCUGCAGCUAGCGUACGGGUCUCAAAUGAACUUGGAAGAGGGAACUCAAAAGCUGCAAAAUUCUCAAUCGUGAACAUAGUGCUAACAUCAUUUGUCAUCGGAUUCACGUUAUUCAUUUUCUUCCUGUUCUUUCGGGGCCGCCUAGCUUACAUAUUCACAGAUAGCAGUGAGGUGGCUGCUGCAGUUGCAGAAUUAUCGCCUCUUUUGGCAUGCUCCAUUCUUAUGAACAGUGUUCAGCCUGUUCUUUCUGGUAUUGCUAUUGGGGCUGGCUGGCAAAGCAUUGUCGCAUAUGUUAACAUUACAUGCUAUUACCUAGUAGGGGUUCCAGUGGGAGUAGUGCUCGGUUAUGUGUUCCAUAUGCAGGUCAAAGGCGUCUGGAUUGGUAUGUUGUUUGGCACAUUCGUUCAAACUAUUGUGCUCAUCAUAAUCACUUGCAAAACUGAUUGGGAUAAUCAGGUAUCCGUAGCUCUUAAACGAGUUAACAGGUGGUUUGUGGAAGCUGAGGAACCCAGUGCUAAUCAACAAGGUGUUUGAGAUGAUAUUUUCAUUCUUUUGCAUUAAAGCCCAAGAUGUGGGUUGCAACUUCCUAGUAGGUAAUGUUCAUAGGCCCCAUUGUUGUAACAUCGAGAUACGAUUUGGAUGAAUGGACUCAGUAUCUACAGGAUUUGGGAUCACUUAUUCAUCAAGACUGUUUGUUUUGGCGUAAGACAUUUUGUUGUUUGAUUUAUGUGAAAUCGUUUUGCGGAAA